UAACAUUUUAUUAUAUCUUCAGAUAUUCUCUGACUCUAUAAUCGGUAUGAUAACACUGGAAUAGAGUUUUUAUUCUUUCUAAAAAAGCUGUUGAAACUUGAUCAUGGUGAAAUUAACCCCAGAGAUCAUCGAGCAAGCAGUCCAGUAUGUAAACGCUGUACGAGAUCGUGAACUGAUCUUACGAGGCUACAAAAUUCCUGUCAUUGAAAAUUUAGGUGCGACUUUGGACCAGUUUGACACAAUAGACUUUUCUGAUAAUGAUUUACGAAAGUUUGAAGGUUUUCCGUUGCUCAAACGGAUAAGAUCUUUGAUGUUUAACAAUAACCGUAUUUGUAGAAUCGAAGAAGAUAUUCAUCUGAGUAUCCCUAACUUGAAGGAGCUUUACUUCACGAACAACGAAAUUGCGGAAUUGACCGAUCUUGAUUAUUUGGAAGGAUUUAAACACUUGGAAUUUUUGAGCCUAUUGCGCAAUCCUGUUACUCAUCACAAAGAAUAUAGACUUUAUGUUAUUCACAAAUUACCACAAGUACGAGUUUUAGAUUUUCGUAAAGUUAAACAACGUGAGCGAGAAGAAGCCAAAAAACUAUUCGGUUCGAAAAAAGGGGAAACACUGCUCAAUGACAUCAAACAAAAAUCAAAGAAUAGGACUUUCACUCCAGGAAAACCAACACAGCCGACUGCCUCCAUUUCAGGGCCGUCCGCUCAGGAUAAGCAAGCUAUCAAGGAGGCAAUCAUGAAAGCAAAAUCUCUUGAAGAGAUAGAAAAUCUAAAAAGAAUGCUUCAAUCUGGAAAAAUCCCUGGGAAAGAUAAAAAUGGUCUCACAAACGGUGCUGAUAAAGAAGAGGAGACUGAAAUGGAAGUGUCUUAAAUUCACCUCCAAAAUUGAAUGUAAAAUGAUAAAAAAACGGUGGAUUUUUCAGGAUUACUUUGGGCUGUGAGGCGAAGACGUGUUACUACGCUAUAAGAACUAAAUCUGGGGACUAUAUUUGAACUGGCCUUAGUUGAAAAGUACAAAAAAAGUAUUUCAAUUUGUCACGCUUUAUAAUCUGCAUUAAAAAAUCAAAAUAGUGUCGACUAGAAGGGUAAAAAGUAGUGUCUCGGCACACUUUUUUGCACCAAAACUAUAAUUAAAGUACAUACUUUGUUGGCAAAUUAUUUUUUGUAUCGUUUUUUAUAAAAUGCAUAUUUGGUAAUUAUCAUAUGAAAUUGAAUUCUUAUUAAUGCAAAACGUACAGGAACAAGUUGAGAUGAUUUCUUUGAGAGACUUUUUAAUUUUUAUUACAAGAGACAAUUAUUCAACAAACAUAUGUAAUGAAGCCUAAUCAGACUUACUAUUUCACAAUACUUCAAUAAAAGCUAAGGCCGUCAAGUAGUUCUUACAGCAGUGGUUCUCAACCAGUGGGCCACGCGGUUAGUUAACAUUUUGAUGCUAAUUUCAUUCGUGUCACUAUAGUUUAAUUCUAAUUGUAGUGGCAAUGAAUGAAUGGUGCUGUUUUUCCUACUGAGUGGGCCACAGAAUUUGGGUAACAAAAUAAAAAGAGUUGUGAACCACUGUCUAUCAAAGUUGAAUCUUCGCUUUGGUGAAAAGGUUUAAUUUGGGCCAAGAGGCAAGAACAGAUCACUAACACUGCAUAAUUCCAACUGUGCAACAUUCUUAGUUCAUACAGGGUCAAAGGUCAGAUUGACCUUCCCUAUUAUAUUUUUAUCGUGUACACACAUUUCGUAGUGAUCUUUUCUACUGUUUUUUUUUAAUCCUAAACGCAUCAAGGACGAGUUCCACGUCUGAUAUUUCAAGCAAUGUGCUUUUUUGUUUCCAAUUUUUUCUGCUUAAACUAGAGAUGGUAUUGGUUGCAGAUUGAAAUUUCCUCAAGUCUUAUGUAGAUUAAAACUGUCAUUUAUACAGUAUGUUCUGGUUAUAUUCUUCAUAUUUCCUGUUUACCUUCCAAAAAUGGACUUUUGACAACUUGGCAAUGAUUUCAAUUCAAUUUAAAUGUUUAUGGAAUACAGUUUGGCUCAAUUUUUGAAGGGCGUAUUGUUGUUCAUGUUUAGUUUUUGAAAAUGCCCAUUUUCUUCGUUUGCGUCAUAAAACUCGCUAUCUGAACAGCGAAAUCUAACAGGAAAAUAAAUAGAGAAACUCUCACAACUGGUGGAAACAACUUGAAUGUUUUGUUCUGAAUGUCUGAUUGUCUAGCAAAAUAGUUCUCCUAGGAAUCUAUGCGACUAGUUGUCUUAACUUUGGAAGACUUGAAAAAAAUAUUAAACUUCGUCUAGGAAUGUAUAUGUUAUAUGAACUUAUUUCUUACUUUUAUUUUACUGUAAGCUAUGAUUGAUUUGCAGUGAUUCUUUGUAACUGCUAUGGCCAAAUUUCAAUAAAUGAAGUCGUACCUUUA